AUGAAGAAUCAAAUUGUGUUCUUCUUAAUUGUUAUCAGUGUGGUAGAUUUGACUUACGGCAAGUCUUCAGGAAUUCUCUUAUGUGGUAGACGCCUGUCCAACGCCUUAGCUGGCCUGUGUCCAAGUGGUGAAGAUAUAAAGAAACAGGAAGAAGACCUGGACGCAAUUAUAGACAUGCUAGAAACAGAACUUCUUUCGGCAUAUGUAUCUUUAAACAUCGAAGAAUUUGAAUCGAACAAAGAUUAUUUGGAUUUGAGAGAAAACGUGAGAAACUUUCGUCAAAAAAGAGAUUUGACUUACGGCAAGUCUUCAGGAAUUCUCUUAUGUGGUAGACGCCUGUCCAACGCCUUAGCUGGCCUGUGUCCAAGUGGUGAAGAUAUAAAGAAACAGCAAGAAGACCUGGACGCAUUUAUAGACAUGCUAGAAACAGAAAACAGCUUAAACUCAGACGAGGAUUUACUGUGGAACAAAUUGAUCGAAAUCUUACGAAACAAAAAGAGAAGCUCAUCGAAUGAACUUUCGGAAAAUGUAUCUUCAAUCAUCGAAGAAUUUGAAUCGAACAAAGAUUAUUUGGAUUUGAGAGAAAACGUGAGAAACUUUCGUCAAAAAAGAGGUAUAAUUGAUGAAUGCUGUGAUCAAGCUUGCAAACUCCAAGAUCUACUCAGCUACUGUUGA